AUGCGUGAGCGGCAGAACGAGUCGUUGAUGCAGCGCGCGGCGCGAUUCCGAGGAGCAGCGACCCACGCGCGGGCACAGGGCGACUAUGUGCGCGCACUGGAGCUCCAUGCACGGGCGAGCGAGCUGCUGUGGAUGAGCCAGGCGCUCGAGACGCGACGGCCGACCAUGGCCGAAGCGCAAUGCAAUACGCAGUCCUACCCAAGAACGAUGACCGGGACGACGACCAAGGCACCAACCGCCGCCGCCGCCGCACCCAGCUCCAUUGGCUCAGUUGGAAUGACAGAUCAUGCUGAUGGCGCCUCGCAUGCAAGAAUCCAGGACAAUCUGGCGACCGGGCUGCUGGCUGCGAGCGCUCGGCCGCAACCGUCCCCGUCAGUAUUCCAGCAGACCCAACACCAAGCUUCUCCUCCUCCUGCCUCUUCUACAACUUUGACUCGCCAUGGCGACAACAACCAUGCGCGGCUAACGAAUGCGAAAUUGGCCAUCGGUGCGCCGGAACGUCAAGUCGUGCAGGAGACGGUUCGGAAAAUGUUGCUCGAGCACGAAGCCGCCGUGAUGGAUUUGCGUGAGCGGCUCAGAACUCAGCUGCUGGGUGUAAAGUUGCCACCAGAGCUCGAGGAACCUGUGUGGCACCCAGGCGACGUUGCUGCCAACCAGACAGCCGCAAUUGCGGCUGCUACAAGGACGCCAGAGCCUCGGCAGCCCGGACAACGCCCCGAAGAUUUGACGCCUCGAAAGCAAUCCCACCCCAUUUUGCCACCAUCGGCCAUGAUCCUGCCUCCGCCCGUGCUCCCACCCACCAUCGUUCCAGCAUCUCCGGACGAUGGGGACGACGAUAUCGAGGAGCACAUGUUCAAGGACUUGAUGUCGCGCAUGGACAAUAUCUUCAAACGCUUCCCCACGCCAAUGCAAAUUGCGGCCACCGUCGCCAAGGCCAUCGGGCAGGAGCCUCAGGAGGUAAGACCAGCCAUGGCCCAAAAGUUUUCCGGCACGGUUCUACCUGCAGAGUCCUUCAUGCUUGUUGAUCAUCGACGAUCUCCUGGUGUCCGUGUCGACGCGCGAGGUGUCGACGCGCGAGCCGCAGCGGUGCCAGGACCAGGCGUCUCCGCCGCCCCAGCCUCCGCCGCGUCGCCUUCUUCCAUCACCCCGAGCAGCAUCUUAUCGGCAGUCGCUGCGGCGGUCAUUCCAUCGGCUGCUGCACAAUCCACGACGCCGACAUUGACCAGCAACAACUUUUUGCCAGGCAAGUCGGCGCCCUCCACCAACAACCCGUCCAAUAAUGUCACACAAGAGCUCAUCAAAGAGCUCGACAGUUUGCGGCAGCGCAGCGCCGAACUUGCGGCCGAGAACGAACAACUGCGUUCGGUUGCCGCGCGUGCCCAGCGCAUGACUGAGAGCGUGCAACAAAUGAAGGCUGAUGUCUUCAAGGAGAUGCACACGUAUCACCAACAGAAUUUGAUGCAAAAGAGCGUCAUGAUUGCCGCGCAGCACAUGCAUCCAUCCAUGCCAGCCUCCAUGCUGCGGUCGAACGCGUUUGUGUCUUCGUCGCAAAUGCUCCCUCCACCACAACGGGGGCACAACUCGCUGGCCUCUACCUCGGCAACAACCAUAGGCGCUAGUUCUACCGCGUCGUCUAGCUCGUUCAAGGCUGCGAAUGCUGCAAAAUCGAGUCGAUAG